AUGGAGCGCUGGCCUUGGCCGUCGGGCGGCGCCUGGCUGCUCGUGGCGGCCCGCGCGCUGCUGCAGCUACUGCGCGCAGACCUGCGUCUGGGCCGCCCGCUACUGGCGGCGCUGGCGCUGCUGGCCGCGCUCGACUGGCUGUGCCAGCGCCUGCUGCCCCCGCCGGCUGCACUCGCCGUGUUGGCUGCCGCCGGCUGGAUCGCGUUGUCCCGCCUGGCGCGCCCGCUGCGCCUGCCGGUGGCCACUCGCGCGGUGCUCAUCACCGGCUGCGACUCUGGUUUUGGCAAGGAGACGGCCAAGAAACUGGACGCCAUGGGCUUCACGGUGCUGGCCACCGUGUUGGAGUUGAAUAGCCCCGGCGCCCUAGAGCUACGUGCCUGCUGUUCCCCUCGCCUAAGGCUGCUGCAGAUGGACCUGACUAAACCAGCAGACAUUAGACGUGCGCUGGAGUUCACCAGGGCUCACACCACCAGCACUGGCCUGUGGGGCCUGGUCAACAAUGCAGGCCUCAACGACAUAGUAGCUGACGUGGAGCUAUCUCCAGUGGCCACAUUYCGCACCUGCAUGGAGGUGAAUUUCUUUGGUGCAUUGGAGCUGACCAAGGGCCUCCUGCCGCUCCUACGCCACUCAAAGGGUCGCAUUGUAACAGUGGGUAGCCCAGCAGGAGACAUGCCAUAUCCAUGCUUGGCAGCCUAUGGGACCUCCAAGGCAGCCAUGGCACUGCUCAUGGACUCAUUCAGCUGUGAACUGCUUCCCUGGGGGAUCAAAGUCAGUGUCAUCCAGCCUGGCUGCUUCAAGACAGAGUCAGUGAGAAAUGUGAGCCGAUGGGAACAGCGCAAGCAAUUACUACUGGCCAACCUGCCCCAAGAGCUGCUGCAAGCCUACGGUGAAGACUACAUCGAACACUCGCAUGGGCAGUUUCUGCAUUCGUUGACCCUGGCCCUACCUGACCUCAGCCCGGUUGUCGAUGCCAUCACUGACGCGCUGCUGGCAGCUCGGCCACGCCGCCGCUAUUACCCAGGCCGCGGCGUGGGGCUCAUGUACUUCAUCCACUACUACCUGCCAGAGGGCCUGAGGCGCCGCUUCCUGCAGAACUUCUUCAUUAAUCCCUGUCUUCCCCGAGCACUGCGGCCUGGCCAGGACACACCCCAGGCCCUAAAACCCAACCCAAACCCUUCCCCAGUGGCAGCUCGGUGAGCUCUGUGUACAUAAGGCCUAGCUGCUCCAGCAUAGGAGGCUCUGUGAGCCCUUGGCUCUUCCCUGGCUAUUAUGACCCCCCAAAACCUAUCCUAGAGCCUAGCCUAAACCACUGCAGCCCUACCCACUGCAGAUGCCCAGUCCAGGCCCAGAAGGCUGAGGUUUUCCAGUGAGCUUCUGGGCCUCUCUACUGCUUCAUGAGCCUACAAAGACACCUCUUGGGCACAGUGUUCCACCCUUCAGCUUGGAGAACYCAGUUGAAUGGGGAGUUUAGUGCACAAUUUAGCUGUAGCCUUUGACAGGACCCUGCAAAUAGUACCUCUGCAAACUAAGGAGUGACUGGGUGAUUAGGGACUCUUCCAGGAUUGUUUCUCAGCACCCAUGCCUCAGUGCUGCAAAUCCAUGGUUAAAUUCCAAGUGUCUCUUGACCAACUCAAGAAUUGGAAGCCCAGCCUCCCUCCCCAA